AUGGAAUUGAAAGAAAAAGAAGUCAAGGAAUUAAACCAACAAGUGGAAUUGAAAGAGAAACUGGUAAACAAGGGUCAUGAUGCUCUGGAAAUGAAAGGGAAGCGACUCAAUGAGCAUUGCAAACAGACAGAACUAAAGGAGCAGGAAAUCACAAAACGUUGUGAAGCAAUGGAGACUAAAGAGGGGCAAACUAAUAAGCGUUUGGCUUCAACAGAAAAGCGAAUUGAUGCUCGCAGCAAAGGGGUAAAGUACAAAGAGAAAUUGCUAACUGAACGUUCUCGAAUUUUGGAACUCAAAGAGAAGCAAACUAAUGUGUCUUGUGAAUCGGAAGUGUUACUAGAGAAGGCAGUUGACGAGGCUUUCAUACAGAAGCAAAGUGAUGAGAAUUGCAUACUAACUCGUUGUCAAUCACAAGAGCACAAAGAGAGGCAAAUGGUGAGCAGCAGUCCCGAUCUACGUAAUUUGGGUAUCAGCCAAGCAGCACGUGAUGUAGAUUCUUCUUCACCAAUAAAGGGUGUUGAUAUGCAAUUGUUGUGCAGAAAUACGGACGUGGAGGGCAUGAGAUUAUACCUAAAUGAGCAUUUGAAGGAGCACAAUAAAUCACCUUACAAAAUAUUGGAUGCUCUUAAAUGUGCACCUGAUCCUGGAAAGCUUGUUCUUGAUGUCUUUCAAAGUUUCCACCUAAGAUUCCCAGACAAGUACCAAGGCGUCAAUAAUAAAAUCAGUUGCAUAAAUCUAUUGUUGGAGUUGAUGAAGUUAUCACCUCCACUUACACAUGAAGUGAAAGAAGAGGCAACAAAUUAUUCUGCUUUGAAGGCUAACUUGAAGGAGAAUGAUUUUCUUAUGGAGAAGUAUGGGUUUUUGCAGUUUUUAGCUACAUUCAAGCUAGCAGGCUUUUGCGACUCAAAUGAACUUUUUUCCAUGUUUAAAUCUUUUUUCAAUGGAUAUGACGUUUUCAGGCCUGAAGAUAACCCAUCUUUAUGCUGUGCAUUGGGACUUUCAAAGAAGAUUCCAGGUCUUAUCAAAUCUCUUAUCAAUGAAAAGAAGAGGCUUUUAGCAGUCAAGUGUAUCUGA